CUUGAAGAAAAUCUUGCUUGGUAUUUACCUGCCUUGCUGGGUGAUCAAGCAGUUUUGUAACUUCAGCCAUUGAUGACUGAAAACUGUGAAAAUGCUUUCAAAUGCUUUUCUUCUGCUGAGCUCGGUUUUGACUCUUUGUCUUGCAUCACCUACACCCCCGCCAGAUAUAGUUGAGGAAUGGAAGGACAUUCCAGAUAUAAACAAAGGUUUAAAUCUCAGAGAAGGAGACAUCAUGAUGCCUAAUAAAAGGAGCGCCAUUCUUGGGAAUCGGUGGGAUAUUCCUGUCCCCUAUGAGCUGCAUGUGAAUCUCAGUGUGAACUACAAAGGAGUCAUUCUGAGAGCACUUGAGCAGUUCAGACUGAAAACAUGUAUUGACUUUAAGCCCAGAGCAGCAGAAGAUAUUCCUUACAUCUCUGUGGAGAGUCGUGAAGGGUGUUGGUCAUAUAUCGGUCGUACAUUUCCUGGAGCUCAGACUCUUUCCAUUGGAGAUGGCUGUGGAUUUAAAGCCAUUGUUGAGCAUGAGUUUCUCCAUGCACUGGGAUUUUGGCAUGAGCAGUCAAGAUAUGACAGAGAUGAUUAUGUUACCAUCAACUUUACAAACAUCAUUACAGGAUAUGAGGGAAAUUUCGAAAAAUACAGUGAGAAUGUGACCACCACUGGAGGCACCCCAUAUGACUACUUUUCUGUGAUGCAUUAUGGUAAAAAUUACUUCAGCAACGGUAAUGGACCCACAAUCAUAACCAAGCGUCCUGAGUUCCAGGAUGUGAUUGGUCAACGCUUGGAAAUGAGUGAAUAUGAUGUGAUUGAAUUCAACAAACUCUAUAAAUGCAAUUCAUCCAUCUCUUUCCUUGAUCACUGUAGUUUUGAUGAUGAAUCUCUGUGUCAGAUGAGCGUCUGUUCUGCUGCUGAUUAUGGCUGGAAGAGAGUGACGUCAGUGAGUGGCAUUAAUGUGACUGACCACACAUACUUGGACAAAGAACAAAAUGAGACGUCUUUCUUCAUGCACUUCAGCACUGAGGGCAGAAGCGAGGGGGACACAGCCAGACUGGAGAGCAAGACAAUGACCCCUAAAAGAGACUGCAAAGUCCAGUGCCUGCAGUUCUACUACUAUCACAGUGGUCAUGAGUCUGACCAGCUCAACAUCUGGAUCCGAGAGUACCAGAAUGAAGAAGACAACAGAGGAACUCUCACACUUAUGGAUCAGAUCACAGGACCCCCUGGUAAUUACUGGAAGCUGCAUCAUGUGCCACUGAAUGCAAAUAAAACCUUCCAAGUUGUAUUUGAAGCCCGUAAAGGAGCUGGAAAUUCAAGUGGAGGAUUUUCGUUGGAUGAUAUCAAUAUUUCAGAGACUGAGUGUCCCCACACAUGGCAGAUAAGAGAUUUUAAGAAGAUUUUGGACAACACUGCCAUUAACAUUGACAGUCCAUUGUAUUACUCCAGUGAUGGUUAUCGCUUUCAGGCUGCUUUAAAGGUGCAUGAGAAUUACCUUUUAAUAUAUGUCCGUCUGGUAUCUGGUGCAUAUGACCACCAGUUGCAGUGGCCUUGUCCAUGGAGACAAAUAACCUUCCAGAUGCUUGACCAGAAUCCACACAUACAGAAGCGCAUGUCCUUUGAGCAAAGCAUCACCACUGACCCUGCUUUGGCUUCUUCCAAUGUCAGUUAUUACUGGGACAAUCCUCGAAAAGGUGGAAAUCAAGUCUUCAUCGGCAAUGAGUCUGUGUUUGUGGGUGAAUGGACCUAUUCAUAUUAUGUAAUAAGAGAUGAUCUCACUAGAAGAGAGUUUAUCAAGGGUGGUGACAUCAUAUUUCUCUUCAGCAUGCAAGAUAUCUCAGGGCUUUUUCAGAAUCACUCUCUACCCUGCCCUAAAGUGACAGUGAAGAACUUCAACAUUACGUCUAAUGCAAGUGCCCAACAGGAAUCAUGUGCUUCAAGAGCUCUUCCUAUACCUGAGACGACUUCUACAACAACUACUCCUGCUACAGGAACUACAACUACACCAGGACCCACUAAGGGUGAAUGUGUGGACAUAUUUUGCAAUUCUGGUGCCAAGACGGCUUCCUCUCUGAUCAUCUUGGUGGUUUGCUUUCUUUUGGUAUUGAGUUAAUCAUGAGAAAUCAUCACUUCAUCACUGCAUCUAUCUUCAGCUUUCUGGUACAUGAGUAUAAUCAUUAAAUGUGUAUUGUUAAUGUUAAUUAAAAUGUACAUCUUGGCAUCAAUCAUAGUGAUUCAAGUGUAUUCAAGUGUGUUUUAAUGUGAAUGCAAGAGUAAAAAAUGAUUAUAGGCCUGCAAAAGCAAGAUUUUGGUGGCAUCUAGUGGCACAUGAGGAGCUUCUGCUGUAAACAAAAGGACACAUACAAUUAUACAUUUAUUUUAGAUGUCUAAAAGAAGUGAGGAAAGUUUUCUGAUAACAUCCAUUAUAAUAACAAGCACCAUUUUUGAGCAGCUCAAAAAGAGCUUAUGUGGCUUAUGAUUUCUAUCAAGCUGUGAUUGGUUUAAAGUCACAACUGUGUUUCAAUUCACUCUUUCAACUUUUUCCCUCUUUUACACAAUUUGGUAUUAGAAUACAAAAUUUGUACAUCUCAGGAAGAAAUAAUAUACUGAUCUGUUGAUGAUGAUUGAAUGAUGAGUUGAUGGCCUUUUGUCGAUGGGAAUAAUGUCUACACAGUGUAUAUUUCACAUGUAUGCAACAGCAUUACCGAGGACUAUUUAACAGCUGCCAAACCCAGACCUAUUAUGAAUACCAGGAUGGUUGACAAAACUGUGUUGGGGUUAAUGGAGUGGGAAUGUCAACAUGAAUUACCAUAUCAUUGUAGUUGUAGUGUGUGUACUUCUCUGAAUAUUACAGCAUUUCUUUACAUUUAUGGUUAUAGGUAUUGUUAUAGUUGAAGUUCUUGGUGUGAAUGGGCUUUUAUAUUGCUGUUACACAAUAUUAAUAAAUACAACCAUGGAAAUGCUGUCUGGGCUUGUACUUGAAAUAAAACCAAUCAAAAACUA